AUGAGCACUAGGUCUCGAACAAGUGUGCGACGGUAUUUAUAAGGUCGGCCACGUUGAGGCGGCCCUUUUCACUCCUUUUUCCUCGCUUGUAUUCAAUCUAGGGUUUUAGAUUUCCAACUUCGCUUCCUCUCCUUCGCUUGUCCCUCGGCAUCUGCUUGCUCAGUAUUCUCAAUGAGCAACAACAAGGAUAACUUCAACGUCUCCGAUCUCGGUUCUGCUCUCAAUGAGGAGGAUCGAGCAGGCCUCGUCAACGCUCUCAAGAAUAAGAUACAGAGCCUUGCUGGGCAGCACUCUGAUGUCCUCGAGAACUUAUCUCCCGUUGUUCGCAAGCGCGUUGAUGUGCUUAGAGAGAUCCAGAGCCAACAUGACGAAUUAGAGGCAAAAUUUUUCGAGGAAAGGUUGGCGCUCGAGGCCAAAUACCAGAAAUUGUAUCAGCCACUAUACUCUAAGCGAUUCGAUAUUGUCAAUGGUGUUGUUGAAGCUGAAGGAGUUGCAAAAGAAUCUGCCACUGCACAAGAAGAGGACAAAGCUGCGGCAGAGAAAGGGGUGCCUGAUUUUUGGCUUACUGCAAUGAAAAAUAAUGAAGUACUAGCUGAGGAGAUUACGGAGCGUGAUGAAGGAGCUCUUAAAUAUUUGAAAGAUAUCAAGUGGUGCAGAAUAGACAAUCCCAAGGGAUUCAAGCUUGAAUUCUUUUUCGACACUAAUGCCUUCUUUAAAAAUUCUGUCUUAACGAAGACAUACCACAUGAUCGACGAGGAUGAACCAAUUCUUGAGAAAGCAAUCGGGACGGAGAUUGAAUGGUAUCCAGGAAAGUGCUUGACUCAGAAACUACUUAAGAAGAAGCCUAAGAAGGGAUCAAAAAAUGCCAAGCCCAUCACUAAGACUGAAAAUUGUGAAAGUUUCUUCAACUUUUUCAGUCCUCCUCAAGUGCCUGAUGAUGAUGAGGAUAUUGAUGAGGAUACUGCUGAGGAGCUUCAAAAUCAAAUGGAGCAAGAUUACGAUAUUGGGUCAACCAUUCGAGACAAGAUUAUCCCGCAUGCAGUCUCGUGGUUUACAGGGGAGGCUAUUCAAGAUGAGGAAUUUGAGGACAUGGAUAACGAGGAUGAAGAUGACGAAGACAAUGAUGAAGAGGAUGAUGAAGAAGAGGAUGAGGACGAUGAUGAUGAAGACGAGGAUGAAGACGAGGAUGAAGAUGAAGGAAAGUCCAGGAAAAAGCAGUUGUCAGCUGGGAACAAGAAGGGUGAAAGAGCAGCAGCUGGGGAUGGUCAGCAGGGGGAGAGGCCACCGGAAUGCAAGCAGCAGUAGGAAUUUGAGAUUGGGUUUAGUUUCUGAGUCGGUGAGACGCCUCUUUUGGAAGUCCGCUGUACAAGUAUUUUUGGUUGGGAUCAGAGUGAGGGGCCGCCGGGGUUGGGGUUGGGUGUUGCAGUUUCGCUAGUCUUAUUCUAUUUUACUAUUACUUCAAUUUUUCUUCCAUGUAUUGUGGUACUAAAGGGGGGAUUUAGGAGAAUCCAUUCCCUUUUUUUUCAAAUCUGUCGCUGGCUUGUGAAGAGAAUGGUUUUUGCUCUGCUGCUUCGUCUCUUGGGGAAGUUGGGAUUAGUUUUUUUUAUGUGAAGUUAUUUAUUGAAAAUGUUGGGAUUACUAUAAAAAUGUUGCUUUCAUUUAUAUAUAUUCAAAUCUUUUAGGUCA